AUGGAACUUCACUUUACCCCCUACGCUGCUCUGACAGCCGCCCUCGAGCGACUCAACUAUAGCGGCAAGACCAUCUUAAUCACCGGAGGCGGCCAUGGCAUGGGUAUCAACAUGUGUCGAUCGUUUGCUGCCCGAAAGUCUUCUCAUAUCAUCAUCGUGGGCCGUAACGAGACUCGAAUCAAGGCCAGCGCUGAGAAGCUCACUGCAGAGUUUCCUCUUACACGCUUCACGGCCAUCGCCGCCGACAUCUCAUCCAAAGAUGAUGUCAAAAGGCUGUUUGAGAGCCUCGAGGUCUCUCCUGACGUUCUCGUCAAUAACGCUGGAUACAUGCCCGUUCCAGAAAAGUUCCAAGAUGCCGAUCUCGACGAGUGGUGGUCUGGCUAUACAAUCAAUGUCUUUGGCACUAUCCUUGUAACUCAGACUUACCUCAAACAUCGACAACUCAAGGCUCCCAAGACUGGUCCUGGAGUCGUCAUUACUCUCAACACAAUCGCCGCUUACUCGUUCGACAUGCCUUCCCUCAGCGCUUACGCCUCCAGCAAAGCUGCUCUUGCUCGCUGGCUUGAAGUUGCUUCCCAGGACGUUCCGCAGGACGUUGCUCGCUUCAUUUCCGUCCAUCCCGGCGCCGUAGAAACCGAUAUGGGCCAUAAAGCUGGUAUAAUCGAGACAUUGGCUAUUACUGACGCUGCACUGACUGGCGACUUCACUGCGUGGCUGGCUUCUGAUGAGGCUAGCUUCUUGGCUGGGCGUUUUGCCUGGGUCAACUGGGAUUGUGAGCAACUUAUCGGUCGCAAGCAAGAGAUUCUGGAGAAGAAUCUAUUUCGAACUGCACUUACUGGCGUCGAUUCCAGUCCUUUUGUGUAG